ACGCAUGCGCGACAUACACACAUUGCAAUGGCGGACUUGGCGGAGUUGAAGCAUAUGGUAAUGAGUUUUCGGGUGUCGGAGUUACAGGUAUUAUUAGGAUAUGCAGGAAGAAAUAAAACAGGUAGAAAAACAGAACUUUUGUCACGAGCUCUGCAACUACUACAGAAGGGAUGCUCAGUUCCCAUACAGAUUAAAAUCAGAGAAUUAUACAAUCAAAUUUUUGGUUCAAACAGGCGCAAGCCAGCACUCAAGCCAGGAGAAGAUGGUUCCUCAAAUUUUAAAUCUGAAGGACCAUGGUUUUCAGGUCCAAUGGAUUAUUCCAAUCGGAUGAUGAACCAUGACCCUGCACCUCAUUCUAGUAGUCUUGGCAUGUUGCCAGUCCAUCCAGAUGUCCGACUUAAGCUUCUACCUUUCUAUGAUUGUGUCACAGAGCUCAUGAAACCCACAAGUUUAGUUCCAAAAGGACCAACAAAGUUUCAGGAGAGCCAUUACAGCUUUCAUCUGACUCCACAACAAGCACAAGAUAUUGCCAUGUCCAGAGAUUUCAGACCAGGUGCUAGAUGUGAAUACACAACCCAGAUUCAGCUAAGAUUUUGUCUCUUGGAAACCAGCUGUGAACAAGAUGACCACUUCCCACCCAGCAUCUGUGUUCGUGUCAAUGGCAAAAUGGCUCCCUUACCAAAUCCAAUACCCACCAACAAACCAGGAGUGGAUCCAAAACGUCCUGGUCGACCCGUGGAUAUAACGCCUCUGUGCAGGCUCUCGCCAACCCUACCCAAUCAGAUUGAGGUCUCGUGGGCUGCCGAUUUUGGACGGGGAUUUUGUGUUGCCAUUUAUUUGGUCAAGAAGUUGACAUCAGACACCCUGCUGGGCAGAUUGAAACAGUUUGGUAACCGCCAUGCAGAUCAUACCAGAGCUUUAAUUAAGGAGAAGCUUUCACACGACCCUGACAGUGAAAUAGCUACCACCAGUCUCAGAGUCUCCCUUACUUGUCCACUGGGUAAGAUGAGGAUGACUAUACCAACACGGGCCAGCACGUGUACACAUCUCCAGUGUUUCGAUGGUUCGACGUUUCUAAUGAUGAAUGAGAAAAAGUCCACCUGGAUUUGUCCUGUCUGUGAUAAACCGGCACCUUUUCAUCGACUAUUUAUUGAUGGGUUGUUUGUAGAGAUAUUACAGAAGACAUCUGACAUGAAUGAAAUCCAGUUCCAUGAGGAUGGAUCCUGGAGUCCGCUGAAAGCCUCCAAGGAAACUCAUGUGAUAUCCUGUAGUCCAGCUGCCCACAAGUCCGUACAGAAGGAAUCCAAAUCAGCUUCCACAUCAGGACCAGCUCCAAAGAAGCCUAAGAUGGAAGUGAUAGACUUAACAGUGAGUUCUGAUGAGGAGUCUGAUUCUGAAAGUGAAUGUGAUUCCCCACAGCCAAUGUCAUCCACUGCGUUUGUUGACUCUAGUCCUAAUGUCAUCAGCCUGGACUCACCCACUCCAGCGCCCUCGACAGCGUCGCCGUCUUGUGACUCGCCCAUGGUGGCCUCACCUUCAUCCAAUUCAAAUUCAUCAUCAUCUUCAUCAUCAUCAUCUUCAUCUUCCUCCAGCACCACAAAGCAACCACCCUCACCACAGAAAUCUCAGACAGGAACCCCAGUAAGUGCCCCCCUCUCAGCCCCCCAGUCGGUUAGUUCCCUGUCCCCGGCCAGAUCCUCACGGCAGUCCACGCCCGCCCUCGCUACUAGUCCUCGCCCUCUGCCCACUCCCUCACCCCCGGCACAACCUUUGAUCCACUCCCCUUUAGGAAUUAGAAUUUCUCCUGUAACUCCCCCCUCCAGUACCCCAAUUUUACCUCCUUACCAACCUAUUCCUGCCCCACUGUCAUUACCCAAUCCUCCAUAUCCCCACUACCCACCCCCUCCCCAAAUACAAAAUUAUGAUCCCAACUUGGAUAGAGAAAUUGAAGAUUUUUUACGUGGAAUUGUAUGGGACCAGUAUAGAUAGUUUAUUUUGAAAAAAUGACUAGUGUAGAAUGAAAGGCAUUGAAUGGUGUUAAGUUUCUAAAAAAAAAAAAAUUGAAACAAUUCCUUUAAAACAGUGUUACAGAUUGAAUUUCUCAGGACUUUGUUACAGACUAAUUACAGUUAAUUCAGUUAUUCAGCUUUUUUCCUUCCAAAGAAAUACUAUAACCUUCUUACAAAAUUUUAUUUUGCAAUAAAAUCAUGACAUUUACAAGCGAAAAAGUUUUUCUGCCUAACCCGGAAUACUGUCCAUUUACUAUAAUUUACUUUAAUAUUUUAAGUCAGAGUAAAUGAUUGGAGGCCUCCGCAUAUAUUUCUGGUGGUAUAAGCUAACGGAAUUACCAAAAGAUAAGUUUUUGUGAAGAAAAAUAUUAUAUUUUCAUGGGACAUUGUCAAGGACCUAGAGUUUGCAAUCAUUUCAUCUUUACACAUAUUGUUUCAAACUAACAUUCUACUUCUACUCAUUUCUCCAUUUUUCACUUGUUUUCUCAUUUGAUGUACUAAUUUAUUUUGCACGAGUUAAAUGUUUCAUUUCACUCACAUUUUAUUUUUUGGAUGAGGUGUUCUCAGUUUAAACUGCUACUUGAUUAAUGAUGUAAAUUUCUAAUCUUAACGAGAUUUUUAAAAAAAUAUUAUGAUCUAGAACAAUAAAUGUUACAUGUACUUGUAUGCAACUAUUUAUUGAGAUUGUCAUUUUCUAAUAGAUUAUUCAUUUGUCCAUAAGAAAUUCUUGCAUGUAAAUUGGUUGUCUAAGUGUUAAAGCUGUGAUGAAGAAUACCUCAGUCAUUUCAUUUCCAUAGCACCUGCUUUGAUUUAUUUGACAAAAUAAAUCACUAUGUACAGAAAAGGUAUCACAAAACAUUGGAUACAAAUAUGAUCAUUCUAUGUGUAUGUACUGCACAUAAAAAAUGAUAGGAUUCCAUAUUGUAAUAGCCAAAGGAUUCAGCAUUUUUUGUUUACAUUCAAACAGUAUAUUUUGCUUGGACUUGCAGAUUUCAUUUGUUUAACACACCAUAGAUUUUGAAUUGUUUAAAGUUUAAAUUUUGAAAGAAAGCAAGUAAGAAAUUCUAAAUUCUAAUUUAGAUUGUAUGCAACAUUAUAAAGUUUUCAUAAUUAUGAUUAGAAAAAUUAAUUUAAGAGUUAAUCAGUUAGUAAUUUUGUUUUCAAUUAAAACUUUUUCCAUUUUGUUUUCUGUCAUGAACAUAAAAACAUUAGGAUAUAUUUGAACUGAAGACAUUGUUUUCAUUUUUGAAAAAAUAAGUAUUAGAUGAAGUCCAAGAAUUGUACUUUUAACAAUACAGAACUUUAUUCGUGUCAUUUUGUUUGUAUUAAAAGUAUGAUUUUAUUUAUAUAUGUAUUUAUUGUUGAACAUGUUUGAGUUCAGUAAAAUGUAUAAGACAUGAGGUGUAAAAUAUGUAAAUACUGUCAAUGCUCUACGACUAAUGUACCCUAAACAAGUUGUUGUUAUUAAAUUUGUGAAUAUUUA